CAGCAUCAGCAUCAGCGGCGCGUGUGUGCGCGCGUGCGCGUCAACCUCCUCCGUGUUGAAACCCACUCCUCAGUCCUCGGUCCUCGGUCCUCAGCCCUCAGUCCUCACCCAGCGAGAAGCACUGAAGCAGGCGCCUCCAGGCCCUCAGCCUCCCUCCCCCGCGCCGCCUUCCUCCAUGUGCUUGGCGGCGGCAAAUGGAAGCCGAGGUGCUGCUGGGGUCCCCCGUGAUGGCGGACGUCAACGGCAACAAUAAGCUCGCCAACGCCGAGCUGGAGGUGCUGAAGCUCCAGGAGCUCGUCCGCAAGCUGGAGAGGCAGAACGAGCAGCUGAGGACGAGGGCCAACGCGGUCAACAAUUGCCCCGUCGCCUUGCAUCAUCGCCACCAUCCUCCUGCCCAGCAGCUCCUCCAGCCGGGCUCGCUGGCCGCCUGUCUCCCCGCAGCCGGAGAGCCUCCCUCGGCUAAGUGUGGUCCGUGCGCCCGGGAGCCCUUCGCCUAUUUUCAGCCCAGCUCGUCGUUGUCUCCCGAUGCGGCCGAGGAGGAAGAUGACAACGACGAGGAGGACGAUGGAGCCCCGACGGUUCUGGACGAGGUUGACGUCCUGGAUCUGUGCAGCGUGCUCCCUCCAACACAGCCUGAUUGCUGGCUCUACGCAAGUCCCAGGACCAAGCUGCAGGGCAGCGACGGCGGCCUCAGCCCCCUCCAGUGGUGCAGGCGGGUGCUGGACCACCCGGGACCAGAAGUGGAGCUGGCCAGGAUGACGCUGUGCCACAGAUUGGACCAAGCCAAGCGUUGGCGAGGAGCGUCUUCCGCCCGUCUGUACAGCUGCAUAGACGGGCUGUCCACCUUCAGCUGCCCCAUCCUGCCUUACGCCAAACCCACAGCGCCAAGCGAGUCCACAGCACCGAUAGCCGCAUCUUCGCCAUCACCAUCGUCAUCAUCACCUUUGGUCCGGUCCACCCUCCCUCUGAGAAGCAGUGACAGAGCCCCCAGCUUCCUGUCAAACUCUGCCCUGCACAAAGUGGGUCGGCGACAUGCGGCCAUCAGCCCCCAGUCCUCCCUGGACAGCGACGCGGGCGUGACCGAGCUGGAGGACGACACCAUCGCCAUGGGCUACAAACUGCAGGACAUGACAGACGUGGAGGUCAUGGCACGACUCCAGGAGGAGAGUCUGCGUCAGGACUACGCGUCCACCUCGUCCACGGCGGGACGUCGCUGCUCCAGUUUCUCCUUGAACUCUCUGAGGCGCAGCGAGGUGGACCUGGAGGAGGAGGACGAGGAGGAGGACGAGGGCUACGACCAACUGCCGCCGCCACAGCCUCGGCUGUUCCGCACGGGGUCCGUGCAGCGCGCUGGGGGCGGUCUAUCUCACUCGCACACCUUCUCCAGCUUCAGGGACUGCAGACGAAGCUCCAACGUCUCCACCUUCUCGCUGGCUGGACUCACACCUUACAACGCAGGGACCGACACGCAGUACAGGAACAGCACAGAUAUGAAACUACGGAGAAGCAUGCCCAACCUGAUCCGAACUCCCAGCAUGCCGAGCGUUCCCGGCGUUCAGUGCCUGGGCCCCUCCUCCGUCACCCCGCCCUCCCACGGCCCCUCCUCCCUCCCGACCAUGUCGUCCCUCCGCAGCAGUCAGAGCUUCGACUCGCCCAGCGGCCUCGCACGUCUCCAGUCGUCCAUUCCGCCUCCGGGCCAGCUGAGUCAUCGCGUCCAGAGCGUGGGCAGCUUCCCCACUGCCCCUCGCCAGCCCUUUAAAGCUACGGCCUACGUGAGCCCCACCGUCCUGCAGGGCCCCGCCUCUUUGUCUGCCUCCACAAGCCUGCAAUCCAUCCCCAGCAGCACCACCCUGCCUCAGCCCCUCAAGCCUGCAGGAAGCUGCGUGCCGCUGCCAGUAAAGACCGCCGCCGCCGCCGGCCAGUCCGCCAUCCCUCGGAGCUCACUGCCCCGCCCUGCCUCUUUUGUGGGCAUCAGCGGAGUUAGUCGCUCCAGCAAAAUCUGCCAACCGACGCGAAAUUUGCUGACUCCCCCAAAGAGCCUGGCCUCCUUGAGUACCCUGAAGGACGCCAGCUGGAAAGACGGCUGCUAUUAACUCCAAUAAUUCAGAGGUUUGUUAAUAAUAUUGAUAAUAUUAGUAAUUUACUGUAACAACAAACAGGGUCAUGCUGCAUUAUUGACAGUAACUUCAUCUGUCCAGAGGGGGCAGUCAUGAGCUGCCACCCAAGAGAGACUGUUUUAAGAGUUUUCUUUUUGAAACUCUUCCUCCUCAUAAUGAAGUAAGAGCUGUAUGAGGCUGGCUCUCAUACGUUUCCUGCAAUAUUCCGCUACUCACUUACUUCAAUGUCCACUCUUUCAUGUUGUUGUUUUUCUGCAAACUGAAAAAGUCACACUUUUUUGAAGAAUACUUCUUUUUUUUUCUUGUAAAUCUCACAAGGCUCCCUUUGCAAAUGUUUCUCACUGUGGUGUAAAAUAGAAUCAUGAUGAUGAUGAGGGAAGUGUUUUUGCUCCAUCCUGUGCCUGUUUGGAAGUACUGUUCAUAUUUCAUAUCCACUUCUAUUAACUGGCCGCACCUUGCAGCACUUUUAUCGCAAUUAUGAAACUUUUUUGGGAGUGUUGCUUGAAUUAUGACAAUUCGUUAAUGUGUGAUGUGACUUUUUUGGCGUGUUUUCACAUGUUUUGUUUUUAUGUGAAUUUUUUAAAGUAUUAACUUGACUAAUGUGACCACUGCAAUGGUAUUGCACAUCAACUCUAAGGAGUUUUUGUACCAUAGGAAUUUUUAAAGUUGAAUAAAAAUCUUUUGAAAAAAAUUGUUUCACCCCCAAUCCUUGUAAAAAGAAAAAUAAAUGAAAAUAGACAUAUAUAAUUAUCGUUUUACAUUACCCAAAAU